UAAAACCAGUAAUCAGAAUUCAGAAUAGAUGAGAUUCAGAAUCUUUACAGAUAAUAAAAAAUAAUAUUCUAUAAUAGUGACAGCAAAUUCAUAUUAUUCAUAUCUCAUUCAUGUUUAUCAAAAAAUCACCAUUCAUGAACACGGGCAUACCAAACUUUCUCUCUCUCCCCCCUCUUGUCUCCAUCUUCAAUUCUUUCACCAAUAAUUAUAUCCAUUUUUUAAACUUUUUCUGGCUUUUGUUUUUUUUUCCUUGUUUUCACUGAAAAGAAGGAUUAAGUGUGUUCAUUUAUUGUCAAAAUUGUUGGGUUGUUAUUGGGCAUGUAAGUAGAAAAUGAUGCUACUGCAUAAACCCUUUUUGCAGUUAAAACAGAUGGGUAUAUAUCUCAGUACCCCUAAAACAGAGAAGUUUUCCGAAGAUGGUGAGAAUAGCCGGCUUAGAUAUGGCUUAUCAUCAAUGCAAGGAUGGCGUUCUACAAUGGAAGAUGCUCAUGCGGCAAUUCCUGAUUUGGAUGCUUCCACUUCAUUUUUUGGUGUUUAUGACGGUCAUGGAGGUAAGGUGGUUGCCAAAUUCUGUGCUAAGUAUCUUCAUCAGCAAGUGCUCAGGCAUGAAGCAUAUUUGGCUGGUGAUAUUGGAACUUCAGUUGAGAAAGCCUUUUUCAGGAUGGAUGAGAUGAUGCGAGGGCAGAGAGGGUGGAGGGAAUUGGCUGUUCUGGGAGAUAAAAUGGAUAAGUUUACUGGCAUGUUGGAGGGUUUGAUAUGGUCUCCAAGAAGCGGUGACAAAAAGGACCAAGUCGAUGAUUGGUCAUUUGAGGAGGGGCCACACUCUGAUUUUUCUGGACCAACUUCUGGCAGCACUGCUUGUGUGGCCAUCAUUAGGUACAACCAACUUGUCAUUGCAAAUGCUGGUGAUUCUCGCUGUGUAAUUUCUAGGAAUGGUCAGGCAUACAAUCUUUCAAGAGACCACAAGCCUGAUCUUGAGGUUGAGAGAGAGAGAAUUUUAAAAGCCGGGGGUUUUAUCCAUGCAGGACGUGUUAAUGGCAGUCUAAAUCUUGCAAGAGCCAUAGGUGACAUGGAAUUCAAGCAGAACAAGUUUUUGCCGGCUGACAAGCAAAUUGUAACUGCUAAUCCAGAUAUCAAUAUUGUUGAACUUUGUGGAGAAGAUGAGUUCGUUGUGCUUGCUUGUGAUGGCAUUUGGGAUUGCAUGUCAAACCAACAACUAGUAGAUUUUAUUCGUGAGGAGCUGAAAUCCGAAAAUAAACUCUCUGUUGUCUGUGAAAGAGUACUUCAUAGGUGUCUCGCGCCAUCAACUGCUAGAGGUGAGGGUUGUGACAAUAUGACCAUUAUCAUUGUGCAAUUUAAGAAAUCUGCCCAGUUGGGUACAUCUAUAGACGAGCAAUCUUCUGCUUCUGAAGAUGCGCCGGUUGAGUCAAAACCAGCAGAUAGUGGAUCAUAAUUGGGUACGGAUUUCCUCCUAUGUCGUCUGAUUCUGUGAUACUGAACUGU